CUUGGUAUAAUUAAUAAUGAAGCUUAGCUUUACAGUGAGAAGAAGAAAUCCGACGAGGAGGAGGAGGAAGUGUUCUUCUUCGUCCGGCGUCCUCACGGUUCGUUUCUGUUAGCUCCACCAAUCUGAUUUCCAUUUAAGCUACCAGUUGCUUGCCGUUUUUCCGUCGCGAUCUUGCUUCAACGGCUUCGAAUGCCGCUGCAGUUGCGUAUUGGUGUAUCUAAUCAAUUGCAGGAGUUUUUAUUAAUGAAUUGUUUGGUACCGAGUUUGCGCCGCCGACGAUGGAUGAUCGCCGUCGUGAUUUUUGUCGCGGCUCGAAUGUUGCUGUUUUCCGUUGCCGAAUCGACGAUUUACGAAGCUGGUUUGUUCUGCGGCAAGUCUCUGCCGCCGCCGAACACCACUUUUAUCCCUAUGUUUGUCACGUUGAUGGAAGGCCUUUCGCAGCGAGUCACGGCCAACGGAAGUGGCCAGAACGCCGUACAUUCGAGUAAGGUUUCGAUAUACACUCUGGCGCAGUGCUACGGUUAUUUGCGUCACAACGACUGCCUCCAGUGCUACGCCGCGAGCCGCACGCGCCUCCCGCGCUGCCUUCCCUCGGUCUCCGGCCGCAUUUACUUCGACGGUUGCUUCCUGCGCUACGAUAACCACAGUUUUUUCAAGGAGAGCGUGGAUUCAGUUACCGAUAAGGUGAAUUGCAGCUCCACGGUCGGUGACGAAGCUGGUGGUAUGGAUUCCGAUUUCAGGAAGAAUGUCGGGGAGCUGCUCCGUAAUGUGACCACGAGCGCAGUGGUGAAUGGCGGUUAUGCCGUUCGGGAGGGUAAAGGCGUGUUUGGAUUGGCGCAGUGUUGGAAUACUCUGACCAAGGAAGGCUGUAGAGCGUGUUUCGCAAAGGCGAGAAGAGAGAUUACCGGAUGUUUGCCUGGGAGAGAAGGCAGAGCGCUGUAUACUGGCUGCUAUGUGAGGUAUUCGACAUUGAAAUUUUUCUCAAAUCAAUCUCUGGAAGGAAACUCAAAUUCUGGGGUCUUUCGAAGAGGAGAAUUAAUCGCAGUUGUUCUGGCCAUGAUAGCCUUCGUCAUGCUCUGUCUCUUUUCCUCUUACGCUGCUUUCAGAAGAUGGAAAAAACAGAAGCAAGAACGCAACAAUCUAGGCCAGAUUUCAUAUUCCUACAACAAGUCCGGUUUGAAUUUCAAAUACGAAGUGCUGGAGAAGGCAACCAAUUAUUUCAAUCCCGAAAGGAAAGUAGGCCAAGGAGGAGCAGGUUCUGUUUACAGGGGAACCUUACCGAGUGGGAAAACCGUGGCUGUGAAGAGAUUGUUCUUCAGCACCCGGCAGUGGGUCGACGAGUUCUUCAACGAGGUCAAUCUUAUCAGCGGAAUUGAGCACAAGAGCCUUGUCAAGCUUCUUGGCUGUAGCAUUGAAGGCCCUGAAAGUCUUCUAGUUUAUGAAUUUGUCCCCAACAAGAGCCUUGAACAUUACCUGUUCGAAAAGAACAAAGUAAAAGUUCUGAGUUGGAAGGAGCGUUACAACAUUAUUGUUGGAAUAGCUGAAGGGCUUUCAUUCCUUCACGAAGGCUUGGAACUCAGAAUAAUCCACAGGGACAUCAAGAGCAGCAAUGUACUUCUUGAUGAGAAUCUCGACCCCAAGAUCGCAGAUUUUGGCCUAGCACGAUGUUUUGCAGCUGAUAAAACUCAUCUCAGCACAGGGAUUGCAGGCACAUUAGGAUACAUGGCCCCCGAGUACCUCAUAAAAGGGCAACUCACCGAGAAGGCUGAUGUUUAUAGUUUUGGCGUGCUGGUUCUCGAAAUCAUCUGUGGUAGAAAGAGCAAUGCUUUUGUCGAGGAAUCCGGAUCUCUUCUACAAACAGUAUGGAAGCUUUACAAGACUAACAAAUUAACAGAAUCAGUAGAUCCAUGUUUAGCAGAUGCCUAUCCAGCCAAAGAAGCAUCCAAAGUCCUGACAAUCGGGCUGCUAUGCGCACAGGCAUCUGCCACACAGAGGCCAUCAAUGGUGGAUGUUGUGCAGAUGCUUACAGACGAAAACCGCAAAAUCCCAGAGCCAAACCAGCCUCCAUUUUUGAACACCAGCUCCAUCUCAGCCUGCUCCACUAGAUCCUCCUACAGCCUAAACAGUUUGAUGUCAGGUCAGGCAACAAAAGCUCAAGCAUCAUACACUUCCACCGAGUCUUUCAGCAAUCAGAGCUCCGACGACCAUCUCCGAAUGAAGUAGAUAACAUUAACGUGCUAGUACAAGACUGAAGACCCUCGUUUCUUCCGGAAAUCCUACUUCACUUCCUCCACAGAGGUUAAAGAAAAAAACAUCAAAUUCUUUUACAAUCCUUAGGGUACAGCAGUUCUAUUUGGCAAUGAGCUUCAAAGUUCCAGGUAAGUUUUGCAAGAACAGAAAUUUGUCAUAAUAGUGUAGACCAUAGCAUAAUUUUCAUUACAGUUAAGUUAGCUUAGGCAAAAUGGUGAAUUAUAGGCAAGUUUUUUUUCCUACA